UAACAUGAGCAUGAGUAAAAUAAUUUCCUGUGCUCUUGCGUCAUAUUUCAUAACGUCUGAUAAAGUACAUGCAGUUGGACACAUUUCUUAUUGAAAAUACUUACUUACCUACGUCAAAUUAUCGGUCAAUGGGUCUUCUUAGGAACGGAUAUAGCCUAACAAAAACUAGUAGAGCCCUAUUCGUGUGGAUUAGUGGGAGAGCCAUGCUUCGGCACGAAUGGGCCGGCUCGAACAGAUACCAUUGCACGGUGUCACAGAAAUCUACGUGAAACAACUCUUGCGUUAUGUUUCGUCGUGCAACCAAAUAUGUCUGUGUCCGAGGUGGAGCGCAUCCUCGACACCCAGCGACGCAGGUUCGAGCAGAAACUGCGACAGGAACUGGCGAAGCAGAGCGCUCAACAACGCCAGGAGCAGGAGGCUCAGGAGAGACGAGCUAGAGAACAGGCCACGCUACAAGCCGGACAGAGCACCAGGCCCCCGGCUGCGGCCACAAGCAACGCCGUUCAGCAGCAAGCCGUGGUGACAGCACCAAUGCAGCCGUUAUACCCUAAUUUACAAACGCCGAACUACCCUCAACCCAACCAGCCACAGCCCUUUAACCAAACUAAUCCCUUCCACCGCCAACCAAAUCCCACGUUCCAAAAUUAUCCUCAGGGUCAUCCUUUGAACCCACCCCAACCUUGGACCCCUGCCCAACAUGUAAACCCACACUACCCCAGGAAUCAACCCAAUCAAAACCGAGCGACGCCGACGCCACCGCCUCAAGAUUUCGUCUUUGUCAACGCCCCUGAACAAAGAUACAGGCCGGCCCCGUCAGCCCCGUCAGCCCCGACGGAGCCUCCAUGCACUACUGCUCGGCCACGAACUCCUAAUGCUAUAUCUCAUGGUCCCAGGAGCCGCUCAACUAGCAGGCCUCGCCCCGUUAAUAAGAAACGGGGAAUCUGUGAUUGCCCCACUUGUUACCAAAGAUAUGGGUUGAAAAUCUUCCAAUGUCCGAACGGACACAGUUCCUGCAACGACUGCAAGAUGAGAGGUCGAGCAUGCGGCAUCUGUGGCAUGCCCCUUACAGAAGUUCGGAACUUCGAGAUUGAGAGUUAUGUCGCUCAGACACCAGCACCCUGCCCUAACAAAAAUGAGGGAUGUUAUUCGAUGAUCAAGCAGAUUGACAUGGAGAAACAUUUAGAGGACUGUCCCUAUAGGGAACAGCAGUGCCCUCUCACCGCCAUCUUCGGGACGUGCCACUGGAAGGGUAAACUGAGUCAGAUGUCGACUCACUUUGACGAGAUGCACUCGCCCAACCGCGGAAUAGACGCUGAAAAAGAAAUUUACUUAAAGAAUAUUCACGAUUCGAGCCGACAAGUUCACCUCGUAGUGGUUGGAGGGAAUAACUUCCUAUGUCACCUGAAAGUAUCUGAACCGGACGGCAAAAUCUUCAUGUCCGUCCAACUUCUGGGUAAUAAGAUCAGUGCCAAGAAAUGGUCUUAUGAGAUUCACAUUUAUAAGAAAUCGGAACCUCGCAGGAAGUAUAUGUACACAGACACUUGCGUAUAUGCAAAUAGAGACAUAGAAGAUGUGUUCAAAUCCUGUUCUUGUGCAGUAUUGCCAAUAUUCUAUGCUGCAAGCUUCACUGACAAAGAGGGCUUGGCCUUCAAAUUCUUCAUUAAUGAAAAUUUGAAUUUGAACAAGAACGACGAAGUUGGUUCACAAGAACAAAAUGAUGAGACCAACGAAAAUGAUGGCGAAAAUAUGAAUAGGAACGAUGCCGAAGAGUCCCAGAGGCCACACGAAGUUGAAAAUUGGCGGGGAUCGCGUAACGCCACAGAAUGUAAUGUAGAUAAUAACCAAGAACACAGACCACACUAUCAACGACCUCGGUUUGGGGUCAAUCAGACACCUAGACAAAGUAACACUGGCCACAGAAGGCAUUCAGUAGAGGUCGAAAAUUGGCGCUCGUCUGCAUCGGGAGCCCAACGUGCGGGAACCAAAGCCCAAUGGCCAAAUAAACGUACCUAAAUAAGUUCAUAGGCACAAUAGGCAUAAGAUGUAGGGGCAAAUAUCGUCGGGGACGCCCAUAGAUAUAUGAAAGAUUUAUAUUUCUAUGGGGACGCCAAACUGCGAAUCUACCACAGAUAAAGAAUAAAACUCUUUAAUAUCGUUAUCGCAAAUGGCCUCAUUUUUUCAUAGUAGUAAAAUUUUGUUUUCUCUGUAUUUUACCAUAGAGUCGCGUCAGCGAUAAGAAUGCCAUUCGGGAUCUUAUGUGGAAUGCCCGCGAAAUUAAAAAUUAGCUACAUAUUUUGUCAGAUACGCAUAAUUAUCCAAUGCUAGAUACCCGACGAUAUGUAAAUAACAUAGCAUCUUGCGAUUUAUAAAUACUAAAGAGUGUCUAUUUAAGACUACUUAGAAGUAAGAAACUUUCAGAUUUUCUAUUCUUGCGUUAAGUUAAGCAUUAUUAUUAAGUAAUAAUUAUAAUCAUGUAGUAAUGCAAUGAUUAUAGUUCAUAUUAUAUUAUAAUUAAAUCAUUUUCAACAUUUUAAUGUUAUAAAGAGAGUCGAAAGUGUAAAGAAGUAGGUGAUUUGCCAACCUGUUUUAAAUUACAUUGUGUAAUAGUUAUUAAGUUAGUUUAGUUAUUUUUUUGUUUUAUUACGAUUGUCUACCUAUACUACCCUAUGUAUACCUUUUUAAUUAUGUAUAUCUACAUAUAUCUGUUAUUAUUUUAAUAAAUAUGAUUAUAAACUGA